AUGUCAAGGCCCGGGGACCCUGCUGAUCGCCCCCAGGACACCGCUACGGUGGCCUUCUCCACCGACGAGAUGGACCGCGAACUGAACCGCCUCUCCAUGCAUGGCAUGGUGGCUUGGCUCGGGAAGGAUCGCCUAGAGGUGGAGCCGGCAGUCAUUAAGAAGGCCAUAUGCCAUCGGUUUGUGAUCCGACCAGAGGACGUCACUGUCAUCAAGCACUUCCCUGAGGACUUCUUCGUCGACUUCACGCAUCGCCACCAGCGAGAUGAGGCCUUGGCAGCUACUCAUGCACGGCGACAUCUACAACCUCAAGUACCAUGUUUGGCUGUGCCUGGAGGGCAUCCCACUUCAGGCCUGGAACGAGAGCAUAGCCAGAGGGCCAUCGCAAGGGCCUGCGACAUCAACUACGUCGAGAAGUCAUCACUGGACCGCAAGGACACCAGGGCCCUCUGUCUCUGGGCGUGGAUGCACAACCUGUCGGACAUCCUGAAGGUAACCUGGCUCACCUUGUCAUGCAGGAAAGCUGAGUUCCAUGAUGGCCCGCCUGCCCGUGGUCGUCGUGAUCUCACCUUCAGGGUCCUGGUGCACCUUGACUUUGUGGAAGACCCACCAGGAAGCAACGGCCGCACUCCCCCAUGUGACUACAUGUGGCGAUACGGUGUCGUCGACGACGGGAGGGUACCACGCGACCGCCUCGACCCACCGCCUACAGAUGUCAGCAGCAGCCGCCGUGACGACGACGACGAUGAUCGCCGUGGGCACCAUGAGCGCCGCAGUGACAACUAG